AUGGAUAUGUCAUUAAUUUACCUUGGUCAACAGUUUACAAUUUAUGGUAGUUUAGUUUUCUUGUUAAUGGGUGUAUUUGGAAAUAGUAUGAAUAUUUUGGUAUUUUCAAGUGUUCGAACCUAUCGAACAAAUCCUUGUUCAUUCUAUUUUCUUAUUGGAUCAAUCUUCGACAAUCUUUACUUACUAAUCAAUCUUACUACUCGUCUUGUAAGUACAAUGUCUGGCGUUGAUUCAACUAGUACUUCACUCAUUUGGUGUAAAAUCCGACAAUUCUGUAUCGUCACUCCUAGUGUGAUUACUCUUAGUUGCUCAUCUUUGGCUACAAUUGAUCAAUUUCUAGUCACAUCAAAACACGCUCGUCUUCGUCGAUGUAGUAGUAUAAAAUCAGCACAUUGGAUUGUAUUUAUUGUCAUCAUUUUUUGGUGUCUUCAUGGAAUUCCUUGUCUCGUAACGUCUAAUAUUGUAGGCGACGAGUCCAAUAAAGAUUGUACCAUCACUAAUGCGACGUAUAGCAUCUAUAUACCAAUAUUUGUAUUUCUCUUUCUCUGCACUAUCCCGAUUUUUAUAAUGAUUUUAUUUGGAUGUCUUGCUUAUCGUAAUAUCCAACAAACAACACAUCUUGCUGAACAACAUGUUGAUCGUCAACUGAUGAGAAUGGUAUUGACUCAAGUAGUGCUUGUUGUUGUGAGUAACACUCCAUUUGGCGCUGUCACUGCUUACGGUUUAAUCACAGCUGGAAUUAAUAAAGAUCUUAAUCGACAGCUGAAAGAAUAUUUCGCCAUAUGCAUUCUCAUUCUUAUCAGCUAUUCUUACUAUAUCGGUAAUUUUUACAUUUUUUUCAUUUCAUCAAGUCGAUUUCGUCAAACAUUGAGAGAUCGAAUAUUCUGGUGGAGAAGACCAAUUCAAAUCAAUCCAUCUCGCACGUUAUAG